AUGAGUGUCGGAGUGGGAGUUAGCGUCUCAUACCCAUCGAUUUCGUUAUCCUCGAGGAAUCUCUCAGUUCCUUCAUCGUCACUCUAUGUUGGUCGGAAAGUUCUCCGACCAAGCUCCGAUAUUUACUUGAAUCUGCGGUGCCGGAAAAGCAGAACCAAACCAUUGUUGGCUGUUAUUGGGUCAAGUCGUGUACCGGAGCUUGAUUCUUCUUCUGAACCACUUCAAGUCUUCGACGGAACGACAAGGUUGUACAUAUCUUACGGUUGCCCAUUUGCUCAGCGAGCGUGGAUUGCUCGGAAUUACAAGGGUCUGCAAGACAAGAUAGAACUUGUACCGAUUGAUCUCAAGAACAGGCCUGCUUGGUAUAAGGAGAAAGUUUACAAGGCUAACAAGGUGCCUGCAUUAGAGCACAAUAACAGAGUAAUAGGAGAGAGCCUUGACCUGAUCAAGUACAUUGACGCCAAUUUCGAUGGGCCUUCACUUACACCCGAUGGUGUAGAGAAGCAAGCGUUUGCUGAUGAGUUACUCUCCUACACUGCCACUUUCUCCAAGGUUGUGAGAUCCACAUUGUUUUCAGGCGCCGACAUUGCUGCUGCAGAUGUUGGGUUUGAUUACAUGGAGCAGGCUCUUUCCAAGUUCAAAGAAGGGCCUUUCUUCCUUGGCCAAUUUAGCUUCGUUGAUGUUGCAUAUGUUCCAUUCAUCGAGAGAUUCCAGCUUAUCUUCAAGGAUGUGAUGAAUGUGGAUAUCACAUCUGGCCGGCCUAACCUUGCCCUUUGGAUUCAGGAGAUGAACAAAAUAGAAGCUUACACAGAAACCCGUCAUGAUCCACAAGAGCUAGUUGAAAAAUACAAGAAACUAGUCCAAGCCAAAUAA